AUGACGACUCAAAACGUUAGGGAAUUGGCAGAAUACAAAGUUGCCGUGGCACUAAUGAACUACAUGUCCCCGUGUCUGAUGUUACUGGGUCUGGUGGGUAACACUAUCGUCUUCGUUGUUCUGGCCAAAUCAUCGAUGAGGGAAACAACAACCUCUUUGUAUCUGAGAUUCUUGGCUGUGUUUGACAGUCUCGUUCUCUACGUGGGAUUGAUGCGACAUUGGAUCAUAUACCUCGUAGAGUACGACAUUCGGGACUAUAGCCCUGUAGUCUGUAAGAUUCACACAUGGGGAAACUAUUGGGCAAUACACACUUCGGCGUGGCUGUUGGUGUCAGUGACUUUGGAGAGAUGUUUCUCUGUGUGGUUUCCUCACAAGGUGAAAAUGAUAUGUACCAGACGAAAGACUUACACUAUCAUCAUCACCAUCAUGCUGGUUUUGGCGACGCUGAACGCGCAUUAUCUUUAUGGACUCGGAGAAUAUAUUGAGACGAUCGAAAAUGAAACGUUCGCUGACACCUGUGACAGUAUGUAUUCUGAUUAUUACGACUUUGAACUUUUGAUUUGGCCUUGGGUUGAUAUUUGUAUAUACAGUGUUUUCCCUUCGUCUAUUCUUAUCAUGUGUAAUAUCUCUAUCAUAUACAAAGUUGUCACCAGCAGUCGUCAAGUUCUCCAUCACGAUUUCUCCAAUGGAAAUAGCAUCCAGAACAGAUCUGUGGCAUCACGACAAAGUCAGUCGUCAUCUCUUACUGUCAUGCUGCUCAGCGUCAGUUUUACCUAUGUCGUCUGCACGACGCCAUUUUCUAUAUUUGUGAUAUAUUCGAAUGUGUUUGCUCCUGGUGAGUAUGAAAGUGCUCACGAUCAGGCAGUUGAUAAACUUGUGUGGUCGGUGGUAAACAUGCUGCAGUACACAAACAACUGUAUAAACUUCAUUUUAUAUUGUGUUAGUGGUAAACGAUUUCGUAACGAACUGUCAGGUUUGUGUUCUCGUCAAGACCGAAGUAAUCCCGAGAUCUACAGCGUACCUCUGAGUAACUCGGGUACCAACACAACAAGCACGGCUGGACCAUCAUUUGGGUCGACCUCUAUUUUUUCUGCAAAUUAG